UUAUUUUGACAGAUCAUAUGAUCGACAGUGGCAGCUCCCAUUUUGAACGAGUUUAUCCUGCAAGAAAAGUGUUGGGCGUAGUUCGGUCGAGAAAACUCUCGUUUUUCAUCUAACAAAUUCCCGAAAUCGUCUUUCGAACUCAUCCAAAAUGGCGCUAAGCGACGCAGAUGUCCAGAAACAGAUCAAGCACAUGAUGGCUUUCAUCGAGCAAGAAGCCAACGAGAAGGCCGAAGAAAUCGACGCCAAAGCCGAGGAGGAGUUCAACAUUGAAAAGGGCCGUUUGGUCCAACAGCAGCGCCUCAAAAUCAUGGAGUACUACGAGAAGAAAGAGAAGCAAGUCGAGCUCCAGAAGAAAAUCCAAUCGUCGAACAUGCUGAACCAGGCCAGAUUGAAGGUGCUCAAAGUUAGAGAAGACCACGUUCGAGCUGUGCUCGAAGAGGCCCGUAAGCACCUCGGCGAAGUCACCCGAGACCAAGGAAAGUACGGUCACAUCCUCGAGAGCCUCAUCCUUCAAGGACUCUACCAGCUGUUUGAGAAAGAAGUAACGGUCCGGGUGCGCCCGCAGGACAGGGACCUGGUCAAGUCGAUCCUGGGCAACGUGCAGACCAAGUACAAGGACAUGACGGGCAAGGAGGUGCACCUGAAGAUCGACGACGAGUCGCACCUGUCGCAGGAGACCACCGGCGGGAUCGAUUUGCUGGCGUUGAAGAACAAAGUGAAGAUCGCCAACACGCUGGAGGCGCGAUUGGAUUUGAUCUCGCAACAACUGGUGCCCCAGAUUCGUAACGCUCUGUUCGGGCGUAAUGUCAACAGGAAAUUCACUGAUUAAGAUGCUUUUUUUCGUGCGAUUGUGGCUCGGCCGAGGAGGGGUCGAAAUUAAAUAGUAUUUUCGGAUAUAUAAAUUGUUGUAUAGGUUUAUUGUCAUGUUAUAAAAUGAUGUAGGAUUAAUUCGUUUGUUCUAUUCUAUUGUAUCAUUCCUUGUGUAUUUUAAUGUUCUGUGAAAUUUAUCGCAUGAUUCCGUUGCAAUCCGGUUUUGUUUUUAAUUGGGAAGCGUUUGUAUAAUACAACAUGUAUAUAGGAUAAUUUUUUUUCUCUGUAAAAAUUACACUGCAAUAUUAAAUGUAUUGUUCGAAAUGGAGGCGAGUACGACUUUUUUUUAUAAAACUACGUGUUCUUAUAAAAUCGUUGGUGAAAUUUUUAAUUUUUUCCGUUUCUUAUUAAGGCCGCAAUUAAUUUUUAAAGUUUGA